UUGAAAACGAAAAUAUUGAAACGCAUGAGUGUUAUUAAGUGUCGAUUAAUAAAUAAAUAAUAUUAAAAAUAAACUCUAAUAUAACAACUUUCGUGCACAAAACCGUAAUACGUCUCUAGUAUUUUAAAUUGCCAUAUUUUAAAACCUGUAAACAUCGAAAUCUAUUACAAAUAAUGUGAAACGAACGUCGCGGUUACGUUACGUUAGAGCAUUAAAAGUGUAAACAAACGUAAUUAAAAAGUGUUCCUUCAUAAAUAAUGUAUGAUCUGUAUGACGAGGUAGUUAAUCAAGACAAUAUAUAUCCGUACCCCUAUAGUUUGUGGGAAGAUUCUAUAUAUUAUAGUACGAAGAAUCUACAUCCAUAUACUUAUAUUAGUUAUGGUGCGAAUCCGGCGCAGUUUAUUGAGCCGCUUACGCCGCUCCAGAUGGAGCUUAGGGCUUCAAUAUGGCCGGAGCAGCCGAGCCUGACCGUGGAGGCCCCGGACAUCCCAGACUGCCGCAAGAGGCGGAUCAUAGACCGGGGAUCCCUCUACGAUGACCCAGUAAAGUUCCACCAAAAUGUCGCAUAUCCACCUGCGAUACCUAAGGACCCAAAUUAUUAUCCACCUCCCAAUAGAAAAGCGGACACUUCUUACUGGUUAAAGGUCCUGGGGGUCGAGUACUCCUACAGGCAUCUCGGGUUUCCUGAGUUCGCCUACUCUCCCCCUGUGGUCAGGGAAUCUUGGGACACUCCGGCUCAGGAUACCAAGCUUCCACAUCCUCAAGAGUACUUAUACAGGCCCCCAGGGUCUCCGCACAAUUACGAUGGCCCCGUUUGGCCCCAAGAAUACUACUACAGGCCUCCGGGAGGCCAGGACUACUAUACCAGGGCCUACAGAGGUUUUCUGCAUUAUAUCUUCGGUAUUACCAGGAGACUCAGGAGACAGACUAAUGCUCAAAAGAGGCGCAAAAGAAAACAAAACAGGAUUCCGCCUAUCGUUCCAUUUACUAAGGUCGAAAGAAUGAUACAAAAGAUGAGAUUGCUGGGUCUCUACGGCACGGACGCCAUAGAACCAGCCUUCCCCGCCGCCUUCGCAAAAAACAGGAUAGAUUCCGAAGAAUACCACUUCGAAUUCGUAGGCCCCGUAAAACCGAAGAAGGUUGAUGCUAAAAUCACUUUCGAGAUGAACGUUCUACUCAAUAUUCUCGAUUUCGUUCAAAACAACUCUGAAGUGGAGGUGGUCUUCGAUCGAAGGCUGAAAAAGGAUGAAAGGAAGCAUAUUCAUAAUAUUGUGCUCAUGAAACUGAAAGCCGAUGACCUUGAGAUGGUGGAUGUGAAGAGUACUGCGCAUAUGGAGCUGCUUCUGCAGAUCUCUGAUAAGAACUGCUAUGAGUUGCAGACGCGGAGCUCUGGGAUGCAUCCUUACCGCAAAGUGUGCCUCUAUAAAGAGGCCCCGUCUCACGUGUUCCUGAUCAUCCCGGACGAUUUGAAGGAAUUUCCCGUAGACGAUGAUGAAGAAGAAUUCCUCACAUUAAACAGAAAGUCUUCUAAACUCCGUAAAAAGAAACAAACGAGAAUUUUAGGAAGAGGCCGAAAACUCCCUCCAUCCGUUUUUCGUUAUAAAGAAGAAGGAAUACAACUGUUGGAAUUAGAGGAGGAAAUGAAGAUAGAGAUAGAAGGAGAAUCAGAGAAUAAUAAUAUGCCAGGAGAGGAAGACGAAGAGACUAAUCCUUUCCUUAUAAGCAUUACGAGAAAUCUGAAAGCUCAAAAACCUGAUUCGGAUUCGCAGGACUCUGAAUUUUCUGGAUAUCCAAUGGAUGCUUAUCCAUUACCAGACGUAGACAAAGAACCGCAAGUGGAAACUUCGGGGCCACAGCAAUUCCGGGGCAACGAUGGAAUUUCAGAAUCAGAAAUUUCGGGAUGGAAUGAAGACUUCCUUGACACGGAGAAAACCCUACAGUCAAUACUAUCGGAAGCGGAAACACCAACUUUAAGACUUCCGCCGAUCGAAUCUUUUAUACCAUCACCUAUGUCUGAAAUUUUAGCCAGGAUUUGUGACUAUUUCAUAGAAUUUACUUUUGAUCCAAAUUAUUCACAAUUCAAAUUCCUCGGACCGUUUACUGAUGAAGAGAUAUAUGCUGUAAAUGAGUUUCUAGAGGACGCCAUGAAGUACCUGAACAAUGAGAGUGGAUGUCACUUGACACACGUAUUUGAUAUGUUGGAUUUUGAUAUCAAUGAAGAUGCUAGCGGUAAUACGGUGUUAUACAAAACUAUAGUACUGGAACAGCAACACAAGAAGAAAGCUAUUUUCGACAGAAGCAGCUCUCUCUCAAAAGAUUCGCCGAAGAAAAUGUUUGUGGAUGUAUCCCUCGAUGAUUAAACGUACCGGUAAUACUGAAUAAUGUUGUAUACUGAAAUGGGGUGAAAUGGGAAUGGGGUUGAGUAGUGAAAUGGGUUUCUUUUAACAUUUUGGUUAGUUUUUAAUUAACUACUUACUUUUAAAUAGUGUUGUGGACCCAAAGAAUGGUAUUUUGCAAUAGGUCAUGAUGAUUUUUUUGCGAUAUCUAUGUCAAAAAUAUUUUUAAUUUGGAAUCUUGGUUUUGUUGUUAAAUUCUGUAUUUUAAUACAUUUUUCUGUUUCACCCCAUUUCGCUCGGUGCGUAUUUGUUGAGGUAUUUCAUACUUUUGAUCAAAUAAGUAAGUCAAAGAAAAGAAUCAGUUUUUAUGGUAGAGCCAUUACGAAAUUGCAACCUGUAUAAGCCUUUUGUCAGGCCUCUUAUAUUACCUAUUAUCGACUAUCGACAAAUCUCUCGUAACUGUGACACAACACUACUCACUCUUUCAUAAUCAUAGGGUGAGCGAGAGAUCCGAUAAGGCAUAAUAUAUGGCUAAAGCUCAAUUAAUAGUUUACAAAAAUGCAGUUUUUGAUUAUAUUAUUGAAUGUGUUGUAAGUUAACAUACAUAUUGUCUUACUCCAAGGCCAAUGCUAGUAAAAACUAUCGCUUUUCUAAAAACUUAUUCAUUUUACGAAAUAUCUGAUUAAAAGUAUGAAAUGCUCAUUUACUUGCAAUUUAUAUAAUGGAUAUAGGGAAAAUAGAUUUAAAGAUACAAUUUUUAACGAUGAAAACACUUCAAUUGAUUUUAUUUCAAUAACAUCGAAGUGGCAACAAUUAUAUAUUGACAAAAGCUUCUGAAAGUGUAAAAUAAAAUUAUUCAAUGGUCCGGGAGUGCCCCGGUAAAUACGCGUGAGUAAACCGUUGCAUCAUUUAGUAAUUAAUCAUGAUGCUCACUAAAUUGACUAAAGAUAAUGACGACUGUUAUAUGAAAAUUGUAAAUAUGUGUAGUUUUUAACUACAUAACAUAAAACUGGAGUCAAGUACUAAGCUAACUUAGUCCAAAACUGCAAAGAAAUGGUAUAUAUGAUAUUUCAAUACCUUAAAAGAAAAAUGUAUAUCGUUAAUCAAUGAUCAAACCGUUUGACUCAAACAUGACGUUGUCUAAAUGACUUCAAGAAAGUGGAGGUUCUCAAUUUGUCUGUAUGUUUUUUACUUUAAAACUUCGGACUGGAUGAUCAGAUUUUGUUGAUACUUUUAUCAUUAUUUUAUUUAAACUUUAUGUCAAGUGUGUAUAAGUGUAUACCGGAGUAUUCUCGAGAAUGCGCGCGACUAUUUUUAGGCUCGAAGCUAGUUUGUUUGUUAUACACUUGACAUAAAGUUCAUAAUGCGAUGUACAAAAACUUCCAUUCCGUUCCAUUCCGCGGCGGUAUAAACUGAGCUUAACGUGAAAUAGUCGUCAUUUGGUCUAAUAUAAUUAUACAUGAAGUUUUUAUUUAAAGUCGGUUCUAUGUUUUUGUUGUUAAAAUAAUAUUAUUGACGCAACAACACACACUAAUUACUUUCAAUCAAAAUUAAAAUGGUUUGUGACAUCAACGACAUGUUUGGGUCAAACCCUUUAAUCGUUCUCUCAGGGACAAUCCAAGGAUAGAUCACAGAAGUAUGAAAUGCUAAUACGCCCAAGGAUCGCAAAUAAAAUAUACUAUUGAAACGAAAAUUGUUCAAAAAUGCGAUGAAACUUGUGAAUAUUCCUCAAAAUAACGCCAAAAAGCGAUUAUUUUAUUUUUAUGUAAAAAUAUAUAUUUUUUUAAGUUUGAAACUAAUAUAAAACCUCAUUGGUAUGACUCAAUGUAAUUUGGUCAAAGAGGUGUUAACGUAAAUAUUUAAAUAAUUUUAAAUAAAAAUGGUGUCUUUUGAAAUGGAAGGAUUUUAUCAUUUUAUUCGUGUUUCUGCUGCGUUACAGGUGAUGUAGAUAUAAAAAUAUAUUAAAAAUAUUGUUUAGGCACCACUAAUAACUUGUAUAAAAUCCUUUCUUUUUCAAAUUUCAUCAAAACAGUUUGUGGAUUGAAGAUUGUCGUUGUCCUUAAAUUUCCUCCGAAACAUCCACAACAAAGACAUCAGUUUUUUAAACUCUGCAAUGUCAUGUAUUUGUACCUGACACCGACAAUAAUUCAGCAAAGAUAUAGUUGCCGGCACGGAUCUUGAGCGCUCGGCGGAAGAGUGGGGAUCGCUUUGCGCAUCGUAAAAUAAAACGCCAAACAAUUGCGCGUAAUCGUCGUCUUGAGGUGCAUGCAACUGUAACACAGAACGAAUCUCUCAUUACGGCUAUGACGCGACACGCUGCGGGACAAUCACUGCACUUUAGUCCGCCCCGCGCCUCACUUCAUACCGCAAAAGGGACACAAACAAUCACUUCUACGCAGGUCAAGGUCAGCGCUCAAGAUCCGUGCCGGUAACUAUACGCAGGUCGCCGACGUGGAAGCGAGAAAGGGCACUGAGUGUCGUAGAGCGCCGUCCUGCUUUCACAACUGCUAUAGUAUUACUAAACAUUCAACAGAUUGAUAUAAGUACACCCUGGUCUUUGGCUACCAUUCAAAGCGAUUUCGACAAUCUUGACCCCAAACUGUAAAAAUUAAUUAAUUUGUAACAUGUAAAUAAUGUUAAAUGUAUAUUUUGUCUACGAAAGUCUAGCUAAUAGCUACGACGCUAAAAUAAUCUAGAUAUAGGCGUGAAUAACUUAACAAUACUUAUGUUGGUAGACGUGAUAAGUUUAAAGUGCUACCAACUUUAGAAAUGAGACAGGUGGUUUGACAUUAACUGUCAAAUUCUUUUUUCAACUAUUUCAUGGCUUUGAGAUAUUGGUGUUAUCGCCGAAAACAGUUUUACUGUCAUACAGUCUUGUAAAGUACUCAUUGUCACUACACGAAAUACAUAAAUAACAGCCGGUCGAAAAACAAUGAAAUAUAUGGUUUUGAAGGGGGUAUUGUACUACUUUGACUUAUUGCCCCCUAUAUUGAGAUACUGAUAAAAAUAGAGAUGUCCAUUUACACGAUUUGACCCCUUAUUAUGCAGUGAAUAAUAUUUCCACUGUGAGAAAAGGUAGGCCGCGCGCCAUAAAUAUAAAAAACGUUACUAUUUAACUUUUAAAUAUGUUCUCAAAAUAUACUAUCCUUUUUCCGUCUGUCGCUAUGUCGUUUGGCAAGAAAGAGACACAAUAUCACAUUGAACUGACAUAUUUUACAGAAUUCAAUUGUUGAAUUAAGAUAACUUAUUCAAUGCGUUGUUAUACUCCAUAAAUAUGAUCUGAUAAACCAUUUAUUUGUCGAUGUAUUGCAAAAUAAUGGAUUUUUUUAAAAUUAUGCAACGAGUAAACAAUAUUUCAAAAUAGUUUUCAUAUGGAAGCAAACAUACUAUGGUUCAUAACCCACCGUAUUGAUUCCAAAGCUUCAGUAAAAAAGCACAGCCUUAUCCAAGAUUGAAACUGAGACGAAUUACACCUUUAAGUAUCAUGUUGUCUUCUUAAUACCACUUAGAGGUUAAUCCUUCUAUUGGUGAUUUUCCGCAAACAUUCAAAUAACAUGUACAAAAACACCCAGACUCAGGACAAGCGUUCGUGAAUCACACAAAUGCUUGUCUUACGUGGGGAUCGAACUCACGACGCGUCGCGCGUUGUAGGUUUAACAUGGUAUACAUA